CGGGCCGAGCAGGUGCGGCUGCAGGUUGCAGCGGGCGGCGCGGGGUGGGAAGAGGCGCGGGCCCGCUCUCGAACGUAUCUCGUUGGAUCGCACCCGACACCCAGCGGCACCCGGCGCCCGGCGCCCUCGGCACCACCAGAGGGGACCCACCGCAUGCGACACAGCAAUCGAUAUUCACGCUUACAAUUUUUAAGUACGCCUCAGAUAACUGUAGGUGCCAGCUACGAUCUCAGUGAAAGCCUUCAUUUCCGGAGGAUCUAGCUGAGCCCAGUCGACUAGAAUCGACAAAUAUGGUGUCGGCGAACUGCAUGAUCAGCUUUGGUGGCGUUUCCGAACUGACGUCAUUAAUGAAAUUAAGUAGUUUUUAUGUCCAUAUGAAAUCCAACGAGAGUGAAAUAAAGAAGUAUAAAUUAAAAAGGUAAGAUGGAAGGAGGUGGCGGAGUGGCCAGCGUGGCAUCGCUCACCAUGGACUGCGAGGACAUGUUCAAAGAGAUCACCAAGAAGCUGUACGGCGAGGACGCCGCUAUGGGUGUCGGCGUCAACGUGAGCGUCGGGCCGGGAGGGGCGGGCGGGGCCGUCGCGGGCGGCGUCGAGUACCCUCCUGCCGAGCGCGAGCUGGUCGACGACCUGCGUCCCGAGGAGCACAUCACCGCCUGGGGCUUGGCGGCUCUCAUGCAGAACGGAUUCCCGCCACCCGGCAUCUUGCAGGCAAAUUUUACCCCGCGCACGGACCCGUCGGCCGAGGACCGGUGGACGGCGGCGGAGGAGCCGCUGGCGUGGGCGCACUCGCGCGUUGCCGCCUACAACCCGGCGCAGCGACUGUUCAAGUGCACCGAUUGCGAGUGCGUCGGCUUCCUGGCGCGCGUGGCAGAACACUGGCUGGGCACGCAUUCACAGGCGCGCGCCUUCCAGUGCCCGCUGGCGGGCUGCGGCUUCGCCAGCGGGUGGGCGCGCGCCGUGCGGCAGCACCUCGCACGCGACCACCACUCCGACCCGGCGGCCGCAGACCACCUGCUACGCGACAACCCAGCGCUCGACGACCUCACCCGCUACCUGCAGCGCCUCAAGACCAAGGUGGAGACUACACGCACCGAGAGACGCACGGGAGCAGGGGGCGCGGGGGUCGCGGAGGGCGCCGGCGGGCCGGGCCCGGCGGCGGACACCGCCAGCGGCGAGCCCACCGCGCUCGGCGACGCCGGCAAACGCUAUGUGUGCGCCGCGUGCCCGUACGCCACCGACCGCCGCGACCUCUUUACUCGUCACGAAAACAUCCAUCGCGACGAGAAACCGUUCCACUGCUAUCUCUGCCAAAAACAAUUUAACCGCGCGGAUCACGUCAAGAAACAUUUUUUGCGGAUGCACCGAGAUCAACCGUACGAUCUGAAUCGUAUCAGACGCUCGAGCGGCAUCAAGCCGGAGGCGGGCACGAGCGCGGGCGGCGCGCACUACUGCAGCAAGGGCGCAGGCGACGCAGCACCGGCACCGGAGUGCCGUCCGCCGCCGGUGAAGCUGGAGCGCGCGCCGCUGGCCAAGGCUGAGCCCGCGGCCUCGCCCACACACAAGCCGACCGUUUCCUCCCCGGUACGUCGCAAGGGCGAGCGGCGCUACGCGUGCUGCUACUGCGCGUGGUCGGGCGUCGACAAUUGGUGUCUCAAGCGGCACCUCAACACGCAUCUGAAGCCGUUCGCGUGCGCGCUCUGCGAAUACAAAGCGGCGCGCGCCGAGCGGCUCGCCACGCACGUCCACAAAGUGCACAACAAGAAGGCCUGCGCCAAGUGCCCCUACCUCGCCGACGAGCCGCAACAGCUGGCGCUCCACCUGCGCGAUGCACACCAUAUAGAAAGCCGCAACUUAAAAGUUCCAACGGGCGUUGGACGAUCGGCGGGCGCGUUCUCGUCGAGUCAGGCGGCCACCACGACGGGUACGGCGGGCGCGGCGGGCGCGGCGGGCGUGGCGGGCGCGGGGGGUGCAACCGGGGUGGCGGGAGGAGCCGCCCCGGCACCACCGCUCCCCGCUCUCCCCGCAGCCGGCGCCAUACGACGUCGCGAGCAGCGCGCCGCCGGCGCCGCAAGACUCUUCGGAUACCUGGAAGCUUCGGAUGGCUCCGGCGACGAGUACGAGCCGCCGCCGCUCCCGCCCGAGUACGCGCCCCAGCCACCGCACGCCGCGCCCGCCGCAACCCCCGCCAGCCACGCGCCGCACGCCGGGCACGCCGGGCACGCCGGGCACGCCGGGCACGCAGCGCACGCCGGACACGCCGGGCACGCUGCGCCGCACUACGCGCGCGACAAGGAGAACGCCGCGCCGUUGCACCACGCGCUGCACCACGACCACUGCCUGCGAUAUUAG